AUGAACAACGGAGUGAUAAACUGCGGAGAUGCGCAAGCUUAUCCCAACGACUCCAAAGUUCAAGAACUGGCAGGAGACUGCGUUCGAGAAGGUGAUUUCAUAAUGAAUGAAACUAAAUACCAACUAAUCCUCUCAGACUUCAACUCAUAUUUUGAUGGAUGUGCGCUGAAAUGUGUUAGGGACAAGUUUAUUUUACCACUGACUCAACACGAGAGUUUAGAAAGUAUAGUUUAUGGGCAGGUACAUAUGAAAUUAUAUGGCUUCAAAAAAAACAAUAUAUUUUGAGAUUUUUCCAAUUCUGGUAUUACUAGCUGCGCUCGCAAAUGCAGCAGUUGCGCUGGUUCUAUCAAAAAAGCACAUGAUAACUCCAACAAAUGUGGUCUUAAAAUAUAUGGCUAUCGCCGAGCUUUUGGUAGGCAUUGUCCCUCUACCAUGGACGUUGUUUUUCUUCACAAUGGGGUACGAAUACUAGAAAAUCUAACAUUCACAUUUUGCUGUUUCAAUUUUCUUCCAGGAAUUUUAAAAAAACGUACCGGCUUGAGCUUUGGUGGUGUUAUUUGCAAAAAUACAGCAUGGACGCAUUUCCACCAGUUUUCCACAAUAUAGCUAUGUGGCUUACAGUUCUUUUGGCAGCACAACGGUAACAUGAGGCAAUGUUUAUUAUAGAUUUCGUUUUUUCAAAGUUACAUAUCAAUAAGUUACCCGUUACAUGCUCGUUCGGCAUGCACUGUGAAAAAUGUUCGAUUUGCAACUUUUAUUAUAACUGUAAGUGUUUUGGUGAAAAAAAAAAAAAAUUAUUUAAAGGUUACCUCUCUACUUUGUGGUCUUCCAAAAUCAUUCGAUUAUGAGUACGACACUGUUUAUGGUUGGGUAUUUAUUCAUAAUACAUGGACAUAUACAAGGUUGAUAUUUUUCUAGACUAUAUAUUGUGUAAUACUUUUUUAUUCGAAUUCAGUAGCUGUCUAAUGGUUCAAACAGUAUUGUUGGAUAAAAUGGGACAAACUGUAUUUUUCAACAUCUAUUUCUGGACUAGAGCCCUCGGUUUUAUCAUCUUACCUAGUUUUCUGCUAGUUCUUCUCAAUGGUCUUUUGAUUAAGGGAAUAAGAAGGGCUCAACAAAGAAAGCAGCGGUUGUUGAGGUUUGAAAAAUGGAGAAUAAUAUAGAAGCAUAAUAGCGGUUGAUAAUUUCAGAGAAAAACGAUCGGAAGAAGCAGCUCGUCAAAGAGAUAGUAACUCUACCAGUUUGAUGCUUGUUGCAAUUGUUUCCAUUUUUUUGGUAACCGGUUUCAUUCAAGUAAUUGUUUCAAAGCAAGAUUUUGAGAUUGUUAAUCUUCCGCAAGCUAUAUUCAUGGGAUUGCUAUGCGUCUGUGAAACUUUUUCAAUAAGAUUGUCAAUGCUAGAAGGAGCGUUUCCAGCAGUUUUCCUGAUAACAAGUAACAUGAUUGUCAUAGUAAGCGAUUAUAUUAAAAUAUAGUUAAAACAUCGAUAUUCUGUCAUUCAGGCAACCUAUCCAUUUAAUUUCGGAAUCUACUGUUUUAUGUCCAGCAGUUUCAGGCAAACUUUUAAAGCGAUGUUCUGCCCGUAACUUUUUUCAUUUUAUGCAGAUUAAAAAAAAUCAAGUUUUACAGGGGAACGUAUAACUUGCGUUAUGAACGUCGAAAUGAAGCGGCAAGCUUUGUUCACUCAAGUAGGCGUUCCGAGUUCUGUUCUCACAUUGUGAAUCAAGGAACAACUUUGGAGGUUUUAACACAAGUGUCAAAUCAAUGUUUACACGUGGAUCAUUUGCAUGCUGACAAAAAUUAG